AUGUAUUCCUGCUGGCUGAACACGAAGUCUGUGAUGAUCUCAGUCCCCAGCUCUUUUGAAGAUGCCCUCAGCGUGAGAACGGCAACCACGGCGCCGGUCCGUGCACAUACAUCAUGUCCCGGUCUUGCCUUGCGUCUCAUCUUCUUGAUCUCAUCAACAUUCGACAGACAUGCCAGACUUCAGCGAGCGCUUGAAUAUUGCGGUGUUGACGAGGCCGCUGUGGAGCCGCAGUCCAAGGUUCAUUUCCAGAAGUGCAGCGCCAGUGCAUCAAAACCAUACCUACAAUUCGAGGCAAAGACCGGCAUAGACUGCAGCUUGAUCCGCAUAUGCCGGCAUUGCAAGUCCUCGAUUUGGUGUGAUCGAUUCUUUGGAAGGCCGGACUUGACCAUCUGGGAGGACGAGGUCAAGCUGUACCUCGAAGCAAAGGGGUAUGCUUCGUGCUUUAUGGUGGAGAGACUCACUGAAGGAUUCUCUGGCUUUGUGUUCAGGGCUCAUCAACAAGCGGAGCCUCAGACAAUGAUCAUUAAGCAUGUUGAGGGAUGGGCAGCUAGAGCAAAACAGUAUAAGCUUGAUCAGAGCAGGAUGCUGUUCGAAGAGAAAGCCUUGCGAGUGCUCUCCGCAUUAGAAUUCCCGGGAAUCCGAGUCCCGCGGAUCUAUUAUUUUGACGCGACCAAUUUCGUUCUCAUCUUAGAAGAUGCAGGUCACGUCCCUUCGUUAAAGUCAUGGAUACAAGCCGACUCCGACGUCGAUGAAGUUCGCAAGAUCGGUUCCCUUCUAGGCCGGUACUUAGCGGAGAUCCAUAGUAUAAGCACCGAGCCAGAAGCCUUUCCUCCGCCGUCUAUUUCUCUAGACUUCCUACUGAAGCACGAAAACAUGGCCGAGCGAGGAGCACGAGACGUUCUCGAAGCGGAUGAUGUCUUCACGAUCGGUGACUUCUGGACUGGCAACAUCCUGGUAUGCAAAGCAGGACAUGAAGAGCUAGAUAUAUGUGUAGUGGACUUUGAAUUGGCUAAAGCGGGCACUGCAGCGUUCGAUAUUGGUCAAAUGGUAAGUCGUCCGAGGAGGACACAUUUGGUUGAAACUUUGACAUACUUAAAAUGGUAUACAGGCAGCAGAAAUAGCCAGUGGUAUGGCGCUGUUGAGCAGUUUCUUGUCGAGCUACCAGGCAGCAUCUACUCAACCACUCAUCUCUUCACGAUCAUGCCGAAUGCCUGGUUAAAAGAAGCCACGAACGACCAAAUUAGGGAGCAACUUCAGGUCGGAGCAGAACUAAUUAGCGCAGGCGUGGACCACGACCUUGAGAAGCUGAGUAAGAUGUCCUACUUGAGAACGGUUCAUUAUCAUAAAAUAAACUUCAAGAAAACAGAUGCAGUUCUGAACCCCCCAGAUCUCAAGACACCAACGCCCGCGAUGCCAAUCCAAUCCAAUACCAAACACCAAUACCAAACACCAAUACCAAACACCAAUACCAAACACCUAUACCAACAAAACAAACAUGCUGCUCUUUCAACAUACCGCUCGUCCUGA